GAGCCUCUCGUGGCCAAUAGCUGCACUAUCAUCCCCGGUGAUUUUGGAGAAACGUGCUAAUGCACGGCGCGAAGAAAUGUGCUACAAUGCGACGUGCAACUAUAUGACUCAAAUCGUACCUCGUACCGGUGAAAAGUGAGACCGUGUCGUACCGUGUCGUAAUUCGUAAUCAUGCACAUAAUGUGACGUAACUAUAAGGUGGCAGUGGGGAUAAUCCGGUGAUGUGAUAUCAUGUGCCAUAUGCAUAAAAAUAAACAAAUACUUGUGUUCGGAAAAAUUGAAAAACGCAUACAUGCAUCCUUAGUCUAUAUCGGGCACUUACAGAAAACGCAUAUAUAUGUCCUUAGUCCACACCGAUAGCUGUCGCCAGACGCCUAUAUGUGCCCAUAAUACUCUAAGGGUUAAUAUAACGUAUAACCUAUAAAGCGUUUCUCGGAUAUUGUUUCCUCCACGUGCUUCGAAUCUGUGUGUAGUAAGAGAUGUAUUUUUAUUAAGAUGACUAUUUUUUAUAAAGAAAUUUCUAAAGAAAUGGAGUGUGAACAAAUGAGUGAAGUUGAUGAGGAUAUGGAAGAAAGCAGCAGUGAUAGUAAUGAAGAGGAUUCUAUUGCAAGUGAUGAAGUAGAAAAUAAUAAAUCUGAGAUAUAUCUUCCUGGAAAGUCUUUAGAAUGUGGAGAAGAGCUUAUUGUGGACAAGACAGCAUAUCGAAUGUUACAUCAUGCCCAAUCCGGAGCUCCUUGUCUUAGUUUUGAUAUUAUUUUAGAUGACUUGGGUAAUAAUAGAGAAGAUUACCCAUUGAAUAUAUAUCUUGUGGCUGGAACUCAAGCUGCCAAGACACAUGUCAACAAUCUCCUUGUUAUGAAAAUGAAAAAUCUAUGUGGUAUAGAAGAUAAUUCUGAUGAUGAAUCAGAUGAUGAUGAAUUGCAUAGUGAAAGUGAUACAAAUAUACCAAUUUUGUCUGUUGCACCAAUAAAGCAUCAAGGUUGUGUUAAUAGAGUUAGAUAUAAAAGAAUUGGUAAUAAAGCUGUGGCAGCAAGUUGGAGUGAAUUAGGACGUGUACAUAUUUGGGAUUUGGAAAAACAAUUAAAUGCACUUGAUAAUGAUGAAUUGCUACGUGCAUAUAAUAAGGAGUCUAAGAAAAAUGAUGGGAACAUCAAACCAUUAUUUAGUUUUAAAGGACAUCUUUCAGAAGGAUAUGGACUUGAUUGGUGUCCAACAGAAGUAGGCACGUUAGCUUCUGGUGAUUGCAAGGGUAACAUUCAUAUAUGGCAUUUUAGUAAUUCUUCAACUUGGCAUGUGGAUCAACGACCUUAUAAUUCACAUGCACCAUACAGUGUUGAAGAUAUUCAGUGGUCACCUAAUGAAAGACAUGUACUGGCUUCAUGUUCUGUUGAUAAAAGUAUCAAAAUUUGGGAUACAAGAGCAAGUCCACAGUCUGCAUGCAUGUUAACAGCAGAUGGUACACAUACUGCCGAUAUUAAUGUUAUUUCAUGGAAUUGUAAAGAAAAUCAAUUUCUUGUAUCUGGUGGUGAUGAUGGCUUGGUUUGUGUAUGGGAUUUGCGGCAGUUUAGUGCUAGUAAUACAAAAGCAUUAGCCAUAUUUAAGCAACACACUGCACCUGUUACAACAGUAGAAUGGUAUCCUCAAGAGGCUACUGUAUUUGCUUCUGGUGGAGCUGAUGAUCAAAUUGCUCAAUGGGAUUUAUCAAUAGAAAUCGAUCAAUCAGAAAAGAUAGAAGACAGUGAAUUAAAGGAACUUCCGCCACAAUUGUUAUUUAUACAUCAAGGUCAAACUGAUAUAAAAGAAUUGCAUUGGCAUCCUCAAUGUCCUGGUACUGUAAUAUCAACGGCACAUUCGGGAUUUAAUGUAUUUCGUACAAUUAGUGUAUAACCUGCCCAAUAAAAAGUCCAAUAUUUAUAAAAUA